CAGCAGCAAACAUACGGCAAGCGUCGCUGCUUGAGGCUGAUGGAGGCGGCGACUGGCGCUUGAUUGUGUGCUGUGAUGAGGAUGGACACGUGCGAAGGGUCUUGAGCGGUCAAGUUGCCCACUAGCUCGACCUCCUCCCAAGCUCUCAGCUGCAACAGUACCUUUGCUCGGCCAUGUCUAAGAGCGCCAAACAGCUUGACCUCUCCGAUGGCUUUGGGGCUUCCAAACAGUCCAAACAGUCCAGCAAUCAACUGCCUCCGAAACUUCUGGCAGCGGCUGCUGAGGAAGGUGCUCGAGGUCCGCUUGCCACCUCUCCGAGAGGCCAGUCGGCAUCUGGGGAAGCAAGGUUCAAAGAGGACGGGAACGACAGGAAUCUCGUGGCAAGAUUAGCUUCCAUGGAGAACAUGAAGCUUGGAAAGUUGCUCAAUCAACUUCAGAUCUUGGGGAUGGACAAACAGCAUCUAGCACGCCUGCAAGCACAGCUGACCGAAGCUUUGGGUAAUGACGACGAUAAACAACUCCGCGUGCUCGAGCGAGCGAUUCAGAUGAUUGUCAAGGAUCAGAACUACCCUCCCAUCCCCUACGUCGAGAAAGAAAAGAUCAAAGAAUGGGAUGCCAAGAAAGCUCUCGAGCUCUCCAAGGAAGCCACUACGUACAAGACGAGUGGACCCAGUGCUUGGGUGCAGCAGGGCCUCUGGUUUGGAACUGAAGAGAGGGAGAGCCCGCGGCAUGUGACCACCAAGAGAAAGGAUGGGGGGAUGGUGAUGACAAACGGCUCCAUGCUACCGUUUGAUUCUGCGCUCGAUGAAUCCAAGGCCAAGCGGUGGGAGCGGCCGAUGUUGAGCUCUACAGUCACCAAGGCGAGUGAAGAUUUCAUUGGUGAUAUUCAGAUCGACAUGAAGGACCAUCACUCAAAGAGAGUCGUUGAGAAAGUCGUCGAUGAGCAAACUCCUCAACUCGACACUACCAUAGCUUCUCUUACAGCCUUCACCGCAAAGAAGAAGAAGAAGUUGUCGGCAUAUGCGAAACUCAAUGAAGCGGUCUGUCACUCACACGAGAAUCAGAAGAGCAAUGAGAUGAAGUCAAUCGUUUUCAGUGAAGGUCGUUUCACCGAAGACCAAGAGAAGUUGGGCCCGAUGCCUGGAACAGCAUUCUGGAAGUGUUUUACCAUCUGUAACGUCGAUAAUAACAGGCAGGGAUCAGAUGGAGGGUAUCGGCUAGAACCUCGUCUGCAGCUUCCCAUCCCCGACUCCAUCCUCAUGUCCAACGUCGGAGGGAUUCGCUUGUGGGGGUUCUACACGGACUCGGAUGGGUUCGUUUGUCGCACGAGCGUCAACAAGAAGUCAGCAGCAGAAUGGCUGAGCAGGCGUCGGAGAAAGAGAAUAGCAGAGCUCUCUGUCAGGAAGCCCUACCGCUUGAAGGAGAAUGAACCCUUGUAUGUGGUUCGCCGAUCCACCAGUGCCAGCAAUGGCUGUGAUGUUCGCCCGCUGCUAAACGAUGAGGCCCUCCGCACUUCUCUUCUUGACAGCUCGGGGUCUGGUUUCACGCUAUGGCAGAUGUACAUCCGACCGCAAGGGUCGCACGCCGGUAUCAAUCGCUUCGUUCUCGAGUGCGGGAAAGAGCAUGAAAACCCUCACUUUAUCAUACGAAACACAAACGAGGUAGCAAAGCCCAGCUCCCCCUUGAACGGCUUCUUUUGCGAGAGUUCCAAUCUCAAGGGGACGCGAGCGAGUGGAAGAGCCACCACUGUUCAUCGAGUACAGACUUCAGCAUG